CUUCCCGGCCCCUUCCCUGCCCGGCCCUGCCCGGCGCGCCGCGGGCUCAGCAUGGCCGCCCGGGGGCUGCUGCGGGCGGCGCGGGCGGCCCUGCCCGGUUCGGCCCUGCCCGGUUCGGCCCUGCCCGGCUCGGCCCGCGGCUACGCCAAGAAGCCGGUCACGAAGUCCAAGGGCAAGGGCGUGCCGAAGGAGGGGCUGAAGGCGCCCGAGGUGUGCACGGACCCCGCCAUGCUCGCCAGCCACGCCAUGGGGGUCAACUACUUCAAGGAUGGCCCAGAGGUGGCCCUGAAGCCGGACUCCGAGUACCCGGACUGGCUCUUUAAAAUCCACCUCGGGCCCCCCAAGAAGCUGGAGGAACUGGACCCUGACUCAAUCCAGUAUUGGAGGCGCCUGCGGAAGUACAACACGUGGCACCGCAACAAGCUGAAGAAGGGCAAGAAGCUGUAGGCAUUGCAGAGUCACCCUGAGUGCCAGCCUGGGUGACACUGGGACCCGCUCCUGCUUCUGGUGUCUUCUUGCUAUAAGCCAGUAAUAAAUUUCUGGUGAGCCUGA